AUUAAUACCAAUGUUGAAGUACCAACUAAUAAGUUUUAAGAGUGGAGUGAAAGUUUUUGCAUGUCUUCCAAAUAAGAUUUUGCCACGCUUUUUAAAAUGCCUUGUAAGACAACCCAAAACCUAAGUUUCUACAAGCAAAAAGCACUUAUCAGUAAUCACCCAUCUUAGAUGUUUAUAAAGAAAAAAUAUAGAUAAUGGUUAAUAAAUGAAAAAAGAAAAUGAAUUGUGAGGAUGAAAUUAAAAGAGAGAGUUAAAAUGUAUGGAUGAUAUUAAAAAAGUGGUGGGUUAUUAUCUCAAAAUAAAAAUGAUGCCAAUUAAAUAGAACGAAUCAAAAUGACAAAUACUAUAAAUUCAAUGAGAUGAAGAGUAGUUUUUUUUAAACACAUCUAAUGAUUCUUCAAUAAAAAUGUUGUAGGACAUCUACAAUGUACUUCGAGUCAUUUGUUAUUUAGUUUAUUUCAAUUAUCCUUUGUUUUGAUUUCAUCCACACAAAUUAUUGUUUCUUUUUAUUCAUUACCAAAUAUGCACAUCUCUUUUUAUUUAUUACACAAAUCAUCCACACAUCUCUUCAUUACCAAUUAUUUUCUUUCUAUUUCUUAAAAACACUAUUUUUCUUUAAUAUUAAUUCAAAGACGCAAAAUACUAAAUAACAAGAAAACGUGAAAUACAGAAAUAAGAUCAUACUAUUCUCCUAAGUUGCUCUAAAUUUUUACAGUCUUUAACUAAAGAAUGGUUUUAGCCUAUUAAUUCAGACUCAAAAGCUAGUUAUUUCAAGAAUCAAAUUUUAUUUCAGUUGUACAAGCAUAUAUCAUUUUGUUCAAGAGUAACUUAAAUUUAAUUUUUCUUAACUCUUCCCUUCUCUCGGCCUACCACGUGAAAAAAGUAUUAGCAACUUAAGAUUUUAUAUAAAACGAAAAAAGAUACUAGUAUAUUUUCAACGAUAAGGCCAAAAUAAUAUAACAUCAUAGAAGAUGUUUUACAUCAAAGAAGGUUCAAAGAGGGAUAAGAAAGCUUGUAUUUAUGUACCAAACUAGUGACGCCCACACAAAUACGAUUGAAAAGCCAUAAACAUCCAAUACCCAUUAUUACUAAAUUCAUGACCAAUGAAUUAUUACAAAGAUAAGGAUGGUAUGAUUCUAUAACUUACACCCAAAGUGUUGCCUAGGUCUCUCACCGCAAGUGUUAAAAAAUAAUCAACAAAGAAAAUGGCUUCAUCUAUGCUCUCCAACGCUGCGGUCGCAACCACCAAUGUUAGCCGCAACACCAGUGCUCAAGCUAGCAUGGUGGCACCCUUCAAUGGGUUGAAAUCUUUUGCAGCCUUCCCCGUCACCAACAAGUCUAGCAACUACCUUUCCACCCCCCCUAGUAAAGGUGGAAUAGUCCAAUGCAUGCAGGUGUGGCCACCAGUUGGGAAGAAGAAGUUUGAGACACUAUCGUACCUCCCACCUCUCACCCCUGAUCAACUAUUGGCUCAAGUACAAUACCUUCUCAAUAAGGGAUGGAUUCCUUGCAUUGAAUUUGAGUUAGAACAUGAAUUUGUGUAUCGUGAGAAUCACAGGUCGCCUGGAUACCAAGAUGGUCGUUAUUGGACCAUGUGGAAGUUACCCAUGUACGGGUGCACUGACCCCAUCCAGGUGGUGGCCGAGUUAGAAGAAGCUAAGAAAGCGUACCCCAACGCCUUUAUCCGUAUAAUUGGAUUCGAUAAUAUACGUCAAGUCCAAUGCAUUAGUUUUAUUGCCUACAAGCCCACAGGAUACUAACAUUAUAUCUCUUUGCUUAUGUACUUACGUUCAAUUCCAUAAUCCAUUAAUAAGUAGAAGUACAAAUACCUUCUAAACAUUCCUCCUUUUGUCUAUACAAUUGAUUUUUUCAUCAAUGGGAAUAAACAUUAAAUCCUUUUAUGUGGAUUAUCA